CCGUCUUUUUUUUUUUUAUCCAAAAGGCGACUUUUUGACCAAUUUCCAUUUAGCAUAUGGGAUGACUAGGCUUUAAUUGUUUUAAAAGAUCUUCACAUCAUCAAGUAUAGAAGUGCUAUAUGCACUAAUUUUUUUUUUAUUGUUUUUGUCUUCUUUAUGCCGACGAAGUUCAAAUUCGUAGAUAAAUUUUAAAGUAACCCUCAAACAUCACGACCAAAAAAAAGUAGAUCUCUGCAAGAAAAAGGAGAAAAAGACGGGAAAUAAGAAGAAAUGAUUUACAACUAGUAUAAUUUGGAAACUCGUACUUGUUAAUGGAAUUGAUACAUUUGCUAAAUUAAAAGUCUUAGUGCUUAAGCCUCAGUUGUGUAAAUAUGAUCGCUUAUGGUGAUUUGGAGAAAGGAAGGAAUUAGGCGUGAUCAUCAAGGAUUUCAAAGAGAAAAAGAAGGAGAGCGGACGCCUACUUUUUGUGACCAUGAGGUGAGGCGCUAGCCUUUUCUUUUGGUCAUGUCUGCUUAUUUUCCAACUUUAGAAUGUAAAAGUGGUGUGGACCGUGGAGAGCCGUUCCUGUCAUUCUGCUUUUAAGUACAUGAUUUUACGGAGAUAAAGUCGGGAAGCCACACGAAGUUUUACUCUGGUGAGUCGUUAUCUGCUUGUUGGAGCAUAAAGAGCAAUAUCACCAUGAGGGAAUCCAAGCCAAAAAGAAAAGUCGGUAUUGCGUAAUCAUGACCCGACAAUGACGACCUAAGUUAUUGGUUUAAUAAUGGAGGAGCGUUUCUCAAUUCGGCAGGAAUUACCAGAGCACCAGAGGAGUGAUGCGGUGAGCUCCAUGGUGUACGAGGCAAAUGCAAGGAUGCGAGACCCUGUAUAUGGCUGCGUUGGGGCCAUAUCGUCGCUGCAGCAACAGGUCGACGUGCUUCAGAACCAGCUCGCGCUCGCGCAGGCCGAGGUCGUCCACAUGCGCCUGCAAACGCCUCAGUUCCCUUCGACCUCGAGCUCAGCCAUCGCGGCCACCAACAACGAUAGCUCGCAUUCCAGGCGGUCAUAUUACCCUUUGAACGGGGUUGAGCAGGCCGAUGUCGAGGACUCUUUGUGGUCAUGACAUGAAUCAUUUCUGAUGCUGCCUUCACUGUUCUCAUCCAUUCGUAUGCAGAUCUUCUAAUUUUCCUCACUAGCUAGCUAUAAAGUCGUGGUACUUCUCAUGCAGGCGAUCUCUCUUAUCCCCUCGGAUUUCCACCUGACAUCACGGAGCAUAUGAUGGUUCAUCAGAAUGUAUAGCAUUAGAGAGACGUUUUUUUUUACGGGUGUUCAACUUCUCUAUGAUCAUGUCUAAAGGUUUUAUAUUAAAUUUUCAGAAUGGCUUCAUUUUC